CAUCGCUUCAGCUCUUCUCAGAGAUGCAGAGAGAGCAUCCAGACAUGCUGGUCAGGAGAAAAUACAAGAAAUACUCCAAACAGAAAAUGACCUACCUGGGUCUGAUCGCUUAUGUCAUUCAAAACGCACCUCAGAAGAAAUUAAUGUUUCACGAGUUAAUGAAUGCGGUGACGAUAUUUGUGGAUGGCGACAGAAAAGGCCUUGAAAAUAAUAUCAGAGUCUGUUUAUCAGCAAACAACUGUUUUGUAAAGGUGCCUAUAAAUCCAGAGUGUCCAAAUGCGAAACGCAACUUUUGGAAAGUGGAUGAUAGUAAAAUCACUCCAAAGAUACUGAGGCGACACUUCAGUGGUUUGCGCAAUGUUUUCCCUGACUUCUGUGAAAGCAUGGAAAUUCCCUCUGUGAAGAAUGCAACGGAUAACAAGUCGACCUUCAAACGCCCUGAGGCAGAAAAGAAGUUUACCAGCCCGUUUUCCAUAGAGUCACUUUUGCAGCGGGAAAGCAGCGCGCCCGUGAGGCACAGACCGGUACUUUGUGCAACAAGGAGCCUGGAAAACUCGUUUGUGGGCCUCGCAAAUGGAGACCGCGGUUUGGCGUGCAAGAGGAAAACAUGGGACUGGCCCAAUCAGACUGAUUUCAGUGGAUCAUUUUCACACUUUUCUUUUCCUACUUACAGUUUGGGCCAAAUGAAUGAUGGAUGCAGUACCUCCGGUGGACCCUCCAAGAGGAUGCACUCAGUCUCUGAACUGUCCUAUUGUACAGCACCUGAGAGCAUUAGGCAGUUCACCUCAAAUGCUGUGUCCUGGGCCUACAUGUAA